GUGAUCGACCUGCUGAUUUAACAGACGUGAGGAGAAGCGAUGAGUUUAACAGCAGCAGCGAGUGGAUUUGUUGUCGUCCUUCUGUCUGUCCAAGUGAUACAGGGUCAGGAUGGCUGGGGAGUGACUUACAGCUCUACUGAGAUCUGUGCCUUAAAAGGAUCAACAGUGGACAUGAGCUGCACCUACAGAUACCCAUCUCAAAACAUUUACCCAAAAAUGGAAGUUAAGGAAAGAUUCUGGUUCACUAAACUGAGUGGAAAUCAACCUUUGGAUAUGAAAGCAGACUCAGAUUAUCAAGGUCGUGUUGAGUACAGUUGUUCUGAGAAGAGCUGCAGUCUGAGAAUCAGAGACCUGAGAGAGAGCGACUCAGCUAAGUACAAGUUCAUGUUCAUAACAAACCAAGAAGGUGGGACAUAUACUGGUUCACCUGGAGUCACUUUGAGGAUCACAGAUCUUCAGGUGCAGGUGAGCAGAUCCUCACAUUCUAGCUGGAGAGACCUGAAGUGUCACAGCAGUUGUCGUCUACCUGAUCGUUCUUCCUACAUCUGGUACAGAAAUGGACAGAAAAUUCAGUCACAAACAUCCUCUAAUUAUUCAGUCUACUAUACUUAUGUAGACAGUUAUUCCUGUGCUGUUGAAGGACGUGAGGAUUUCCCCUCUCCUCCAGUGUGUGCUGAUGGUCAAACCUGCGACAGAGUGAUUUACACUGACAGAAGCAUCUGUGUCUUCAAAGGCUCAUCAGUGAACAUUUCUUGUACUUACAGCAGUUAUUACACCAUCAGGUCUAAAUUCUGGUUCAGUCCUGAACGUUCUCAUCAGUGGCAGAGUCCUUCACAGCCUGAGGACCUUAGUGACUCCCAGUUUGCAGGUCGUGUUCAGGUCCUUGAAUCAGAGAGAAGACGCUCCACUCUGAGAAUCACUGACCUGACAGAGAGUGAUUCAGCUCAGUAUCACUUCAAAUUCAUAACAAAAUGGUUUGAGUGGAGGAGUAGUUUACCUGGUACAACUCUGACUGUCACAGCUCUGCAGGUGCAGGUGACCAGAAUAACAGUCCACCAGUCUGAUACUGAGGCAGAGCUGAAGUGUCACAGCAGCUGCAGUCCAGCUGCUCGUCUUUCCUACGUCUGGUUCAAGAACGGACAGAAAGUCACAGGGGUGGAGACAUCUUCUUUUAAAGGCCGGGUUUAUCCUGGAGACAUCAUCUCUUGUGCUUUGAAAGGACAUGAGAACUACGGCUCUCCUCCAGUCUAUGCUCCAAGACUUCCCUCUGUGUCAGUGAGUCCCUCUGCUGAGAUAGUGGAGGACAGUUCAGUGACUCUGACCUGUAGCAGUGAUGCUAACCCAGCAGCUAAUUACACCUGGUACAAGGAGAAUGAAGACUCACCAAAAGCAUCAAGACAGAUCUUCACCAUCACUGACUUCAGAGCUGAACACAGUGGGAAUUAUUACUGUGAAGUCCAGAACACAAGAGGACGUCAUAACUCCACCUUACAGCUGAUUGUUGUGGCAGGGAGUUUAACAAUGAUGAUAAAUGUCAUCAGGUUGAUUCUGGUGGUUCUGAUGUCGGUUCUGCUGCUUCUGUUUUGUCUGUGGAUGAGGAAGAAGAAAACUCUGAGCUCCACCACUGAACCAAAUGAGCCCACAGAGACUGUGGAGAUGAGAGAGUUGGAGUCUGAUCCUGAUUACACCAACAUCUCACCUUUGAACAGAGAAACUGCAGCAUGUGGCAGAAGUUCUGAGUAGCAUGCAGCUUUAUGUUUACCUGUGCAGGUACAUUACAUAUGUCAAGGAUUAUGCUUGGUUUGCAACAUGCUAUUUUAUCUUUUAAUGCUUUUAAUAUAACAUUUUAUUCUAAUGCAGUAACUUGUUUUGAAGAAAUACUGAUUGUUCUAUCACAUCACACCUGUCCUGGCAGAUAAAGACAUGUGGAACAGGAAGCACAGUAUCUCACAGCAUGUACAUUAUAUAUUAAACACACUGACAUGUAACAUGAGCCCAGCUCUGUCACACUCUGUAGCUGUAACAUGUUCAAAGUUCUGCAGUGGCUGAUUGAAAUAAACAUCCAGCUUCCAACAACUCUGUAGUUUGAACAUCAUGUCAGUUCCCUCUCUGUGCUGCAGAGGGCGACAGUGUGCAGAAAGUUUU